AUGGAGACAGUUGCGUCAGUUAAAAACCUCCUUCGAAAUUUCAAUAGUAUCCUUUGGUCUCGCCUUGGAUUCAGGCCUAUUUCAUUCUUCGAAGAGCUGAAUUCACCUGGAGCUCCUGAUAUGUUCGGCCCUAUUGUCAACUCUGAUGAUGUUCGUGUUGAGGGUCAGAAGCAGAUUGGUCUUCACGCUGACCACUGGAACACUUGGAAAUUCUCCGACCCUCUUAGCUCUACAUAUAGAGCCGUAUCUACGGUGAUACAUAGCUUUUAUCAUAGUCCUGAAACCAUGGAAUCCGAGACCCCUUUCCAACAAAUGGACCCUGAUACGUCUGGACUCCUUCGAUCUCUCCAUGUCAACAACACUGAGUUCCUCUCGGGAGCAAUGAAAGGGACUUGUUCCUGGAUUUUUGAGAAUCAUACCUUUGAAUCUUGGCUUGAACAACCGUCAGGUCUUUUGUGGGUAAAAGGUAAGCCAGGAAGUGGCAAGUCAACACUUUUGCGAUACAUACAUCAGACCCUGACGUUCCGAAAACCGACACCCCUCCUCUUUUUUCAAUUCAACUACUCUAGCCACACUUCUACAAACGCCAUGCUUCGUUCUCUCAUCUUUCAACUGCUCGCCACAAGCCCUCGUUAUCAACUUUUGGAAAUGCGGGAUACAUACGCUAUAAGAACAGAAAUACACGGGGAUUAUGGUGCUAAUUGGCAGUGGGGUGACGGCGAGCUGCUCUCAUAUCUCCAGGAUUCUUUCUUACGGGCUACUCAUGAUGACUCGCAUAUUGUGCUUAUUAUCGAUGCCUUGGACGAGGCUACCGAGGAGCUUUCGGUCAGCUCAGUCAUUCUCGAUAUUCUUAGGAUCCCAUCCAUCCGGAUAUGUGCUUCAUCACGAUCAAGCCCCAGGCUCCCUGGCCUCGACGCCCAUACCAUAAUUCUGGAGGAUCUCAACACCGCCGACAUCAUCUACUACGCCAAAUCGAGAGUGUUGUCAGCCGAACGAAAUAUUUCCAGUGUACAGGGAGACUUAAUACAGAGCUUAAUUGAGGCGUCAGGUGGUAUGUUCUUAUACAUUGAUCUAGUGCUUUCAAAUCUCGAAAUAUGGCUCGAUCAGCCGGAAGGUCGACCCAGCCGCAUCGAUUUCCCUAGAGGCCUUGUGGAUCUAUAUUCUUUAAUCCUCGCCGACAUUGAGUCCAGCCAGAAGAGUCGAGAUAUCUUUCAGCAUACCUUCCGAUGGGUCGCUUUUGCGACACGUCCUUUGACUGUUCCUGAGCUCACCAACGCUUUGGCAUUCGAAAAGGUCCAAGGGUAUAAGGCUUGCACUCACAGCCGCCCAAUCCGGAGAGGAAGACCAAGGGAAUAUGGGGUCUUCUGCAACUGCGCUCGUAACAUCACUUCCCUAUGUAGAGGGUUGAUUUCGGUGCAAUCCCCCCUUACUUCCCCGAGACAGCCUGUGGUCCGUUUCACUCACCACAGCGUUUCUCAGUUCUUGAUGUCAUAUGGAUCAUUGGCUUUGCAAACUUACAAUUUCUCACCCGAAGGACACAAAGCUCUUGCAUGGUCCUGCUGCCAGAUAAUCAUUUCAGAAACCCGUUCUCGCCGUAUAGGCUACACAACCUUGGUCUCUGAUACCUGGGAAAUCUCUUUCUACGCUUUGGAGAACUGGAGCUCACACCUAAGGAAGGCACUGAAGCCAGAUUCAUCCAGCUUAGGCUUCUUAUCAGAGCUUUCUCGUGACGCUUUCUUCGAGAGUUUUCUUGAUUUAAAUGAGAGUAUUGCUCUCAAUUAUAAAGAUUGGCCUCUUUUGACACACAAGCAUACCAUUGAUAGGUCUUGGCCAGCACAGCAGUUGAAGGGAUCGAGUCCGCUACAUUUAAUAUGUGUUAUAGGCCACGUUGACUUAUGUGACCGAUACAUUUCAUUGGGCGAGAGUUACAACGACCGAGACUGCUUAUAUGGCAUAACACCGCUUGGAUGGGCUGCAGCAUAUGGCCAUGUUGAAGUCGUAGAUGCUCUUCUCGACCACGGAGCCACAGUUGAAUACACUUCGAACGGCACCUCACCACUAGAUCUGGCCGCCCGUUGCGGUAACAAGAAGGUAGUAGAACUGCUUCUGCGCAAAGGGUCAAAUACGAAGCAACUCCCUGUCGCCACACAGCCAGCUUUAUCUCUGGCAGCAUCUUUGGGUAGAGCUUCAAUCGUCGAUGUCUUGAUUUCCUAUGGAGCCAACGCUCUAACAGCGGACGAAUUUGGUUGGAGUCCACUUCAACAUGCGAUCGCAGCCGGCAAAAAGGCAACUCUCGCGCGACUUCUCUCCACAAUACCGAAGGCAUCCUUUGAGAGGCUUAGAGACCUCCCACCUCGCAACCUUCCUGGCUGGGUACAACGGGUUCUGUUAGGAUUCGUACUUGGACUUUGUUGUCGUGGGUCUGGCAGUUGUUCAUCUUCUUCAAACACUGGCCCAAUCGACUCUGGAAAAUCAGGAAAACGGGGCCGCCAGGGUUCAAAGAAACGCGGUCGUGACACAACUGAGGACAUGGACGAAAGUGAUCAGCAGAGCAUGGCCCCUCCACCACAAAAGCAAUCCCGGCAUACUUUCGAACUACGGUUUGCAUGCCCAUAUAACAAAAGAUGCCCCAACCGGUUUGGAGGUGCUUGCUCCAAUUUUGGGUUCCCAGAUAUGCACCGUCUGAAAGAACAUCUGUUUAGGCGGCAUUUCUUAGGAUGCGACAAAAAGACUCGAUGCGGGAGGUGCAAGUCAAUCCUUCCAGAGAGUGAAAUCCAGGAUCACCUUAUUUUGACAGUGGCUUGUGAGCCCUUGAGAGUUGCUAUGAACUAUGAGGAUGGUUUCGACACGAAUCAAAGCGACACAUUAAAAUCUCUCAAGCCCAAGCAGUUCGAGACGCCAGUUCACCACUGGGAGAAGACAUUCAAUACAGUAUUUCCUGAUUGGGUAACGGACUUACCAAGUCCCUAUCAUGAGACAACCGAGACCGAGUGUCGUAUCAAGGUUGCUGCCAGGCUUCGUAGUGAAGAGUUUAGACAGGAGGUCUGGAGAAACCCUAGUAAUAUGGGGAGGGAGGUUUUCGAGCAACUGGCUAACCUUCUCGAUCCCUGGCCAAGAGCAUCAACGAGGCCUGGCAACCAGCCACCGACCUUUCCUGGGGAGCUACCAAUACGACAAGGCGCAAUACAGGAGCUUGUUUCAACAGAAUUGAACCCAUCAAUCGAGGUUGCCUUGCCCAUGGAGCCACAAAGGGGGACUGCUUCUUUAGAAGCCCUUGGAGCAGCUCCUGUGCUCAACUCAUCAGCUCAGAUCUAUCGUCCAAUUCCACCGCACUUUUUAUUCCCCCAACAGGUUUCCGAUACUCUGUCCGUUUCUUUGUUCAGUGGGACUGGUUCGCUCAACAGCUUUGGUCCCGGCCAGGAAUCGAUGUACGGUGACACGGAUGCUAAUGAUGCUUCUAUGAGCUCGUGGGACUGCUCUUUCGCCAACGCCCAGAUGGGACAAACUUCAAAUGACCCUAUAGAGUUCACUUUCCACGCCCCGACUCCAGCCAGCAUUCCCCACUCGUCAAGAUCCGAAAAUCAGCUGAACCGCAACCUGGACAUAUCCACUUCAGCCAACGCACAGCCAGCAGAAUAUGAAGAUGCCACUAACACAUUCUCGGCUCCUUCUAGAAGGGCUGACUGA